UGACAAGUCACAUGGAUGAAAUUAUUUUUGAUUCGAUUUAAUUUUUGGGAUUAAUUUAAGUGCUAAAAUUAAAUUAUUAUAACAAAAUGAUCCAAAGGCUUACAAAAGGGUUUUUUUCAUCACUUUGUAAACCUCGAUUCAUUAACUGGGAAAAUUCAAACAAAUUCUUAAGUACUCAAUCUGCUUCAUUAAAUACGACAAAAGAUGGUGAUCUAAAUCAUGCUUAUCACGAAAAACAAUGCCAGCAAUCAUUGCUUGAAAAAGACUAUUUUAAUGUAAAUCAAUUGAUUAAUGUCAGAGAAAUGUUCGAUUCACGUAUAUAUAUGGGCCAUAAAGAAGGAACCCUUAAUCCGUACAUGAAACCAUACAUAUUUGGAUCACGUCUCGGACAUCUGAUUAUUGAUCUGGAUCAAACUGUUAAUUUACUACAGGAAGCUCUAAAUUUUGCCGCUCAUAUUGCUUUUCGUAAUGGCAUUAUUUUAUUCAUACACAAAUCUGCUUCGACUGGACAUCUAGUGGAACAAACAGCAAAAAAUUGUGGUGAAUAUUCACAUUGUCGUGAAUGGAAAAUCGGUACGUUCACCGAUUCGACUACGUUUUUCGAAGCUGUCACUCGAUUACCUGAUUUGGUCAUCUUCAUUAGCACAUUGAACAAUAUAUUUGAGACUCAUCCAGCCGUCAAAGAAGCGGCCAAGAUGAUGAUCCCAACGAUCGGUGUGGUCGAUACAAAUACUGAUCCUUGUUCAAUAACAUAUCCAGUACCAGGCAAUGAUGAUUCAAUACAAUCAAUCAAAUAUUAUUGCAAUGUAUUCGAAAAAGCCAUCAAUCUUGGAAAACAAAAACGACUCGAAUGUCUUCAUCAUAAAUCAGCAUCUACAACAUAGAAUUGUUUCAAUUGCAUAUAUAGAUUGUAUAAAAAAAAUUCGAUUUUCGAAAUUAAAAUCACGAAAAUUUCA